AUGAUGAAAUAUAAAGAUUUAGUACCAAUUGGUACUACUCUCAUUAUUGCUUCAACAUGUUUUGGACUUGGUGCAAUUUAUGGAAAUCUUCCAUAUGAUAUUCAUACCUUAUGGCUUCAUUCAGAUGAACAAAGUUUUGUUAAUUCAUUAAAUCAUUAUAAACAAUGGGGUGAAUCACCAAUGUAUACUCAUUAUAUACUUCAUUUCAUUGGUUUAUUAGGAUUAAUUGGACAUUUUAUAAAAUUAUAUAAACCAGAAGAAGAUGCAAAAUAUUUUGAAUAUGGUUCAUUAGGUUUAUUUAUGAUUGGUGUUAUUAUUUAUUUAACUAAUUUAAGAACUGGUAUUAAUUCAUGUAUUUCUGGUGAAUGGGGUGAAGUUGAUUCUGCAACUGGUAUUAAUGUUAUUGCAGCUUCUCAAGUUAUGAUUAUAUUUGUUUUAUUUGGUGUUUUAUUAUUACAAGGUGGUUUAUAUUAUGCUCAAUGGUAUGAUGAAAAAUUGAAAUCUGAAUUUUAUGCAAAAGAGGCUGAAGAAGCUGCUAAUGCUGCUAAACAACAAGAAGUCGAUGAAGUAAAAGCAAAAGGAAAUAAAGAAAAAAUUAUUGAUGAUGAUAUUGAAAUUAUAAGUGAAACAGCCAAACCGAAAAAGAAGACCACAAAAAAGAGAAAGAGCUAG